UAGGCCUAGUUUGUUCAUCUUCUAUACAUAUAUGUGCUCAAGAAAUUCACAAGCACAUGCACCUAAGUUAGCUAGCUUGGCUUCCUCAAUCCUCAUCCAUGGCACUACCCUCGUUCAACUUGUCCACUUCCUUCUUCCUUGUCUCAUUCGCCUUCUUUAGCAUUGCCAUCAAUCUUUUCUCUACUAGUAAUGCACCAUCCAGAGCUGAGGCUGCUCGCAGCGAUUGUCUUCCAAUUUCGUCUUUAAUCAGCAAAAAGCUUUUCCACACCUUGUUUCUACACAAGGACGACAUGGCAUGCCCUGCCAAAGACUUCUAUACCUACCACUCUUUCAUCAAAGCCUCCAAAUCCUUCCCCGGAUUUGGCACCACUGGAAGUUUAACCACACGCAAGAGUGAGAUCGCCGCCUUUCUAGCGCAGAUUUCUCACGAGACUACAGGUGGGUGGGCGACUGCCCCUGAUGGACCAUAUGCAUGGGGUCUGUGCUUCAAAGAGGAAAUCAGUCCCCCUAGCGACUACUGUGACUCCAACAACAAGGAAUGGCCUUGUUAUCCGGGCAAAUCUUACAAAGGAAGAGGCCCUAUUCAGCUAUCUUGGAACUAUAAUUAUGGACCUGCUGGCAAGGCGUUAGGGUUUGAUGGGCUGAAGAAUCCUGAAGUAGUGGCAAACAAUUCCAUGAUAGCACUGAAAACGGCUCUAUGGUUCUGGAUGACUGAGCAAAAGCCAAAGCCCUCUUCUCACGAUGUCAUGGUUGGACUGUAUGUGCCCACAGAAGCUGACGUUGCGGCCAAUCGGACUGUUGGAUAUGGGCUGGUCACUAACAUCAUCAAUGGUAGACUGGAGUGCGGAAUACCCAACGAUGCACGAGUAAAUGAUCGGAUUGGUUAUUUCAGAAGAUAUGCUGGGUUGCUUAAUGUUGAUACUGGACCAAAUUUAGAUUGUGAAAAUCAAAAGUCCUUUUAAUUUACGAAUUUUCUUAGGGCUACUGUUAAAGUUUCACAUUUCUAUCUAGAGUAUAGACCAUAAAUAAAAUGUAUUAGGAAGAUCAAGUAUCCUAGCUUGAUGGAUUUCUCUUUUCUGUACUUUAUUUCUCUACGAAUUUUUUUCAAAUUUGAUGAAAUUAGAAUAUGGUGUAAUUCAGUGGCGAAGCUACAGAGGGACUGGGAGGGGGCGGCCGCCCCUCUCCUCCUCGGAAAUUAAGCCCAAGAGCGUGGUUCCGCCCCUCUGGUGUCGUCGGAAUUAAUGGAUGCACGGUGCACCUGCACUGCAGAUCGGUUUCUGGGCUUGAGUUUCUACUGCUGCUGUGCAUCAGCUUUUGUUAUUCUUUUUUUUCAAAGGGUACCACUUGUCUGUCCGUGCCUUCCAUUAUUGAUUAAAAAAUAAUCAAUUGAAUAAAAAAUAAAUAAAAGUUUUAAAGGGUACCACUC